CAGUCUCCUGGCGUGACAAACACUUUUUUGUUUUUUAAAUUUGACCGACAGUUAUCUCGGAGCAAAAAAUUUGGUCAGGGCAAAAAUAAAAACGGGCAACGCUGCAAGUGCUCCCAGCAUGGCGCUAAAAACUGAAGAAAGUCGGCUCUAUUUCACCAAUAACUCAACGGGAAACGGUGCCGACAGGCUAAAAGAGCGCCUUAAUGCAGACGGGAACAUUUUGGGCUCCGGACACACUGAUCCGCCAGCCCGUGACAUGGAGACACGCUGCUGUCAGACAGCUGUUGCUCCUCAGGAGGAGUUGUUAAACGCUGACUGCCGUGUGGGAGACAGUUGCUCUUUUACUGCCUACGCCACAAUCUCAGAAACCGCCCGGGAGCUCUGCAAGGCCGUGUCCGUGUCCCUGGGACUGGCCAUGGAGUCCAACGACACGAGCGACAUGGACGCCUCUCUCCCCGCCCGUCCCGCACAUGACCAGAUGCUUGGAGAGUAUGUGUACAUGCCUCUGAACCGCCCCGGAGCUCACGGUGCCGUCAGCGAGUACAAGUGUCCCGUCCGAGAUGACUGCCCCCCGCACGGCCACAAGCAACUGGUGGAAAUGUUCAAAAGUUCAGAGACCACCGCGCGUCUCCAACACCUCACCCCCACUCGGACAUCCGUGGACGAGCGGAACUUCACGUUGUGCGAGGCUGAUGACCUGACUGCAGAACAGGUCGGUCAUCUGGACACAGCUCGCACUGCCUCUUGCCCUUAUGCCACAUCCACGCAGGGCGACUUGGCACACUUUGGGCAGAGUGCCGCGGAGCGACAGUGCCGGGUCUACAAGCCCCCCGAAGAGGCGACGGACUUCGGGGAAGCCGCGGAGAGCAAGUUCGGUGGUUAUCAGCCGGAACAGUACAUGGUCAAAGUGAAAUGUGAGGACGGAGAGUCCGCCGGGACAUCGUGGGGCAGUAAUUACACCUCUAAUGAGAAGUACAGCUCUCAGUGUUGGGGCUCGAGGCAGUGCGUGAAUGCGCGCGGCACGGACACAGACACCGCGUUCAUAUGUGACCCGUAUGAGAGGAGCGUCAUGCGUCCGGAGCAGUGGUACCCUGGCGGGAUGCUGAGGCCGCCGUAUCCCAACUCCAACUACGUGAAGACCGAAGUCGGCGAGUGGCUGGAUGUCGCCUACAAUGACUCCAGGUUUGAGGCUGGCAGAGAGCACAUGUUCCCCAUGGAGUUCUUCUUUCCACCACAGAGGAUGUGCCUGAUAUGUUCGGACGAGGCUUCUGGCUGCCAUUACGGUGCGCUCACCUGUGGCAGCUGCAAGGUUUUCUUCAAAAGAGCUGCAGAAGGCAAACAGAAAUACUUGUGUGCAAGCAAAAAUGACUGCACUAUUGAUAAGCUAAGAAGGAAGAACUGUCCAUCUUGUCGGCUGAAGAAGUGUUUUGAAGCUGGAAUGACACUUGGAGCCCGUAAACUGAAGAAGAUUGGACAACAGAAAAACCCUGAGAUGGAACUUCCUCUGAAGGACCCUUCAGAAGUCGUCCAGAAUUUCUCCCCAAAAUCAGGCCUGAGCUUCAACUCCCAAAUGGUCUUCCUCAACAUCCUGGAAUCCAUCGAACCCGAGGUGGUGAAUGCAGGGCACGACUACGGCCAACCAGACUCAGCUGCCACGCUGCUCACCAGCCUCAACGAGCUGGGAGAGAGACAACUGGUCAAAGUGGUCAAAUGGGCAAAAGGAUUGCCAGGUUUCAGAAAUCUCCAUGUGGACGACCAAAUGACUGUCAUUCAACAUUCCUGGAUGGGCGUGAUGGUGUUUGCACUGGUUUGGAGGUCUUACAAGAAUGUCAACGGCAGGAUGCUUUACUUCGCCCCGGAUCUUGUGUUCAAUGAAAAUCGGAUGCACAUUUCCACAAUGUAUGAGCACUGCAUACGGAUGAGACAUCUUUCACAGGAGUUCAUGCUGCUGCAGAUCUCUCAGGAAGAGUUCCUCUGCAUGAAGGCCUUGCUCCUCUUCAGCAUUCUUCCAGUUGAGGGUCUGAAGAGUCAGAAGUACUUUGAUGAAUUACGUCUCACCUACAUCAACGAACUGGAUCGCCUCAUCAACUGUCGAAUGGCGACAAAUUGUCCUCAGCGGUUCUACCAGCUCACCCGACUCCUGGACUCGCUCCAGAUGACAGUAAAGAAGCUCCACCAGUUUACAUUUGACCUUUUCGUCCAGGCUCAGUCACUCCCCACGAAGGUCAGCUUCCCAGAGAUGAUUGGAGAAAUAAUCUCAGUACAUGUACCAAAGAUGCUGGCAGGUUUGGCUAAACCGAUCUUGUUUCACCAGUAGAGGGAUUUUUUAUUUAUCAAAUAGUGACUCAUCUUUGCUGCCUCCAUAAACUUUAACAAAGGUACUGUUUACCUACAGCUUCAGUCUAAUAGCUCUUAACCCUGUCCUGUAAUCAUUAUUUUG